AUGGAGCCGUAUUUUAAUAUUGAAUCCACGGAGGGGCAAACUAGCCGAGGAGGACCGGCAAGGACCACUCAGAGCUGGCUCUUCCAUGGUUCGGCGGAAGGCUAUCUCGCCGUCCAAGAGCUGGGAUUUGCUCUCGCAGCUUUGUCCAGGAGCCAGCCCAUGUCGCACCAUGGAAAUGGAGCUGAAAGAGUAUGGGGACUGGAGAACGGAAUGAUGUUAAUUACGCAGAAAGGAAUCCUGUUGGACUGA